UUUCAAAACCCCAUAACAAAAUCAAAUCUCCUUUCCUUAGCUGUUAAACACAACACAUUAUACAUAUACAUACAUGAAUCCCAAUACAUUUAUUUCUAUCUCAACUGUUUGUGUACAAUCUGAACUACUACCACUACUACUAGAUUGACCCAAAUGAAUGAAUGAAACCUGGGAUUUCAAGAUUUUAUAAAAAUCUUUCAUGCAAUUCAAUUAAUCUGAUCUGUUUCAUCUAUUUAAACCAUAAAUCUUGUAAACCAAUUUCAUAAUAGGCCCUUCAAUACUCAUGGGAUUGUUGAUUUCAGCUCAUAAAUUAUAAGUACUGAUUUCUCAUCUGGGAUUUGCUGUUCUUGGAUUUUAGUAGUGAAUCAAAGAGCAAAGAACAUGGCUCCUGGGGGUAAUGUUUACCAGGAUGUCACUGAAUCGCGCAGUGCACUUGCGGAUUAUGGCGUCAAGUCUGCAAAUGUAGAAGGAAGAAGUGGCCUCAGAUUAUGCGGUCCUGCUGUUAGAAGGCCCGGAAUGGCAUCAAACAGUGCCGUUCACGAGCUACUCGAGUGCCCUGUGUGCCUAAACAUAAUGUGCCCGCCCAUUCAUCAGUGUCCAAAUGGGCACACAAUAUGUCUUGUUUGCAAAACUAAGGUGCAUAAUAGUUGCCCGAUAUGUCGGCAAGAGCUUGGAAAUAUAAGGUGUCUGGCCUUGGAGAAAGUAGCAGAGUCCAUUGAGUUGCCUUGCAAGUACCAUUCUUAUGGUUGCCAAGAUAUUUUACCAUAUCAUAACAGGAUGAGACACGAGGAGAAUUGCAAGUAUAGGGGGUAUAAUUGUCCUUAUGCAGGUGCAGAAUGUCCGAUCACUGGUGAUAUUCCAUUCAUUGUGGCGCAUCUGAAAACCGAUCAUAAUGUUGAUAUGCAUGAUGGCUGUAGCUUUAACCACCGAUAUGUAAAGCCCAAUCCUCAUGAAAUCGAGAAUGCUACUUGGAUGUUAACCAUCUUCAACUGCUUUGGAUAUCAAUUCUGCCUGCAUUUUGAAGCAUUUCAUUUGGGAACGGCACCAGUUUACAUGGCCUUUUUGCGUUUCAUGGGUGAUGAAAACGAUGCCAACAAGUUCAGUUACAGCCUUGAGGUUGGAGGAAAUGGUAGGAAGAUUAAAUGGCAAGGGAUCCCAAGAAGCAUUCGUGACAGUCACAAGACUGUUCGUGACAGUCUUGAUGGGCUGAUUAUAACAAGAAACAUAGCACUGUUUUUUUCCGGUGGUGAUGGGCAGGAACUGAAGCUGAAAGUGUCUGGCAAAAUAUGGAAAGAACAGUCUUGAGUUAGAACAUGGAACUUCAUUGUAGUCCUUUUUUUAAAUCAUACCCUUAAGAAAAAAGUUUAGCCUAAAAUCGGCAGGGAGUCGUAUUUCGCUGAUAGAUUAUUAAUUCAAAGUAUAUAGUUGCACAUUGGUGGGUGAAUGGUCGUUUGAAUCUGUAGACUAUCAGAUGGUAACUUUAUACAGUAAAAAGAGAGUAUCAUUUGUUUA